UCUACUGACUAUCACGCGAAUGGGCCAUUUGUCUGUAUAAAAUAACAAUCUAUGGAGAUAAAACUAAAACACUUCCAAGAUAAGAAGACAUUUUGUAACAAAAAAUACCACGAUUUAAAUAUAUAGCUGGACAUCGUGUCAAAAACAACACAACAAUACGAAAAAUCUGAAGUAAUAAUUUGAUUAAAUAUGGAAUACUGGAUAAAAAAGGUCGCUAUUGUGACUGGAGCAGCUCACGGAAUUGGUGCACAGGUUGCAGAAGAUUUGGUGAGAAUGGGAAUGACGGUCAUUGGCUUCGAACCUACUCAAGAAAGACUGGAUGAAAUGCUAACCAAGAGGAACGACUGGGGCAGCCUUGAUGGUCAGAUAGUACCGUGCCUAUGUGAUGUGUCCAAAGGAGAAGACAUCGAAAGAGCCUUUGAAGGCAUAGUAGCCGCCUAUGGCGGUGUCGACUUGUUGAUUAAUAAUGCUGCUGUUGGCAAAGACGGUCUUAUAUGCACAGGGAAUCUUGAAGACUUCAAAACCAUCAUAGACACAAAUAUUUACGGUCUCAUAGCGUGCACCCGUUAUGCUAUAGAAUCCAUGGUGAAAAGGAACGUUUCAGGGCAAAUUAUAAACAUCAACAGCAUUUGUGGACACUACAUGCCAUCCUUUGCUGAACCGAAAAUCAAUAUGUACAUUGCAUCAAAGAGGACUAUGACAGUUCUUAACACUCUUUUGAAGAACGAGUUCAAAAGUUUAAAUCGCAAGAUUAAAGUAACGAGUGUCUCACCUGGGAUCGUAAGAACGGGAAUAUUUAAAACUGCUGGCAUAAGCUUUCUGGAUGAAGAGUUCUUUGAAGCUAAUCCACAUCUAACCACGAAAGAUGUGUCUAAUGUUGUUCUCAUGAUAUUGGCGGCUCCGCGAGGCAUUCAGGUCAACGAAGUAAUUUUCCAUGCAUUGCAUGAAAUUUAUUAA